AUGAAGUUUGGUAAGGAGGACAAGGCCCCAGUGGUCAAAGGUGUGUGUGCAAAUGUGAGGUGCACCAACGGUGCGGUGCAGGUGCAGCUGAGCGGCAGUGAUGAGUGGCAAAGCUGCAGCGAGGGCACACCCGUUAAGCCGACAGCGCCUUCUCCCUUAUCGGGGGCAAGUGUUGCAUGCCCCAAGUACGAGGAGGUUUGCACCAUCAACGCCGACGGCAGCAGCAAUGUACCCAAAGCUGCGACACCUACACCCCCGCCUUCAUCUCCACCACCGGGGCUCCCAGUUUCUGAAAGCGCACCUGCUUCCCUGGAGGAAAAAGUGGAGGAAAAAGUGGAGAGCACCACCUCCUCAUUGGAAUCGCCGUCUCCGAACAUUGCUCCAACCGAUGAGAGCACAGAGAAAAUUGAAAAGCAGAAGGAACCAUCUUCUCUUCCAUCAACUGAAGCGUCAGAUUUGACUGCCAGGAACGGCGCUGACCUGAAGAAGGUGGACGCGAGUCUGCUGAAAGGCGACGGCAGCGUGGCUGCUGCUGCUGUCCUCNGCCCUCUUGUGCUUCUUGCCGUGGCCGCGGCGGUGGCGGCGCCUGUGUGA